CUCCGCUGCUCGCCACCGACAGCCAAACGCCGCGACAAAUCCACCCGAGCAACUGCCCAAUGCCACACAAUACAUCUCGGUCACACAUGACAGGGCUGGGACUCGAGUGCGCCCGUCGUCACGUUCCUCCGGCCACAACUCCGAGCGUCGCUGCAUCGUUCUCGUAAAUCAGCAAGGAAGGAAGGAAGCAAGCAAGGAGCUGAUCCAGACCGGGAGCCAUCUCGUCUCACGGCUCACUGUGAUCCCACCCACCCCCCCUCUCCCCGAGACACUACCACCGUCCCAUCCCCAACAAGGACUCGUCUCGUCGCGGGUCGUGACCCCCACCGCCACUCUCCCCACUCCAAGACGCCGAGAUGACCUCGCGCUGCCCGGCUCACUUCUACUUUGACAAGCUGCUGCGCACGUGCCAGCACUGCCUGCUCAUGUGCCACAAGACGCGACCCCCAGCCGAGUGCCGCGACACGUGCCGCGACCAUGCCCCGACACCAGCCACAGUGAUGGCCGAGUCUACGUCCAAAAUUCAGGCUUCCGACCUGGAGCACAUGCUGUACAUCGUGUUGGCCAUCAGCAUCAGCCUUACCAUAUUCGUCGUCCUCAUGUUCCUCAUCUACCGGAGGGUCAGUAGGCGGGAGAGCCUCAGUCAACCUCCACUUGGCGUUGAAAUGCAAUGCAUGAAAAGUGCAGUGGUGCAUUUCAAUCCAACAAGCAAGAGCACGUUCGGAGCGGGAUACAGUCACGUCACGACCACCACCACCGAGCCCGUCAGUGAAACGGGGCAUCCGGACACUUCGCAAAUGGUCACAAACUACACUUGAUUCCCUAUGGUGGUAUACGUUACUCACCAAGAAUAUUUCACAGUGAAAUUAGCCGAUUGAAGAGAGCCUCAUUCAAGAGGUAGCACAUUAUUAUUAUUACUAUGAGCUUUUUAUUUUUUGCUGAUGCGAAUUUCCCAUCUACGCGAAUUCGCUUUUGAUUCUGCCGGUCCGCACUGACCGGGGAUCUCUCCUCCGCUAUCGAGUGACCUUGUUUCGUCCGGGUUCGAGCAAACGACUGUGCCUUCGAAUGGCCCGCCCCUAUUUCAGAAUAAAGCCUCAGGUUGCCUGAGUGCGGGAGUUGUAGCCUUGAACGAGAACGUCGCUUGCACCUGGCCGAUGUUAUUGUUGCACUUCACACGAACAAAGCUUCCCCUGUGAACCUGGGGACGCUGGAAAAGAACAAAACUGUGACAAUUUCGAAAUGCACAAAAAAAUACAAACCAGGGGGAUUUAACCAGAAGUAGAAAAGGUGAUUUAAAAAAAAUUCCAAAGAACAAUUCGCCAGACCCAUCGCGCGAAACAUUUCAAGCUUGUCAACGGGUCACACUUAACAGGGAGAACGAGGGCCAGCCUUCACCCUACCGUGGGGUGAGCAACGAUGAAUCCGUAAACUUACAUUCUGAUCAUAUUUUCUCCGAGUAUGAUACAACUUUUCACAAAGAUGGGCAAUGGGUCCUCGCCUGCUUUGAAAUGACAGCAGCCAAGAAUAAUUGUGCCAGGGGAAUGGAACGGAGACCUGCAGCACGAAGUGACAAGAUACAUGGCAUCAGGAUCCCUAAGCUUGACGUCGCCGAGUUGUCAGGUUGCAACUGAAAAUGUGGACUUCCAUACGCAGGGCUUCAUGCAAGAUAUCUCACGUAUUUUAUUUUUGAAUAAGUAUUUCUGAUAUAACAUAUUGCACAGUGUAUUGUUUAUUUUAUCAUCAUCAUCCGCCAUAAUCGUAGCACACCGCUGGAUGAAAGCCUCCACGAGCCAUCGCCAUCUCUCACGGAUCCUGCGAUAAAACUAUCCACCGAGGGAGCACCUGCACACGAGCCGAUGUCCUCGCUCUGUCUCCUGAACCAGGCCCACGACAGGUUCAGCAGACGUCACUCGCCACUGAUAUUAGCCGUGAGCUGGGAAUCAAACCCAUAUGCAUCAUCAGGCUCAUACGCACAGUGCACUAACCACUGUGCCACGGCUCUCCUGCCUUUAAUGUGAUUUUUAUUUUAUUUUAUAAUAAUACUUUGAAAGACAUAUGUACAUUGCUGUGGUUUGUGGGUACUGCACAUACUCGGAGGUGCAACGCUGGUGUCAGCGAUACGCUAUCAAUCCUUCGUUAAAGUCACUGACGCAAGUGACACUAUUACACUCUUGGUACGUACACAUUCAUAACCCUGUGUGCACACUUGGCCCGACGUUUUGUUCGAUGAGGCUGAGAGUUUCCCGUUAAACAAAACAAAACAAUGCGUACGAAAGUUCAAUUGCACUCGUUUUAGAAGUAGCGACAACUUCCAUACUUUUACCGUGCAAUCGUUAUCGGUGUAAAGACGAUGCCUACCACCUCCGAUGCGCUCUGUGGGACUGGCACUUCCACAGCACCAGCUCAGAGGUUAUCGUAGCCAAUGGGUGCCAUCUAACUGCAGUUUGGCUGUGUGCACUAAACGUAGCGCGGACUUGCUACGCUAUUUUAUUUUUAAACUAUAUAUUGUACAUAUAUUCUUUAACUUGAUAAUGUACAGUUUUCUCGUGUUUACUUCUCAAGGUGAAUAAAUUUAUUUUUUUCUA